CAGGAAGUGGCGUUGUGUUUUGGCUGCACGUGUUACCACCUCACAGCAUGGAGGAGCACGUCGAGUUAGUUAUCGGCUGCUACGAGCAGAUAUUGUUUGGUUACCGAGUGACCCCGGGAGGAGAGCAAUGGACGGCCACAACAGAUUUUACCAAUCAUGCCCACACAGCUUGUUUAUCCGUGGUAGCUGUUAAUAACAGAUUUGUCGCCACCGGAAGCAAAGAUGAAACCAUUCAGAUCUAUGAUAUGAAGAAGAAGGUUGAACAUGGUGCCUUACUACAUCACAAUGGUAGCAUCACAUGCCUGGAGUUCUUUGGCAGAACACACCUAUUAAGUGGGGCUGAGGAUGGAUUGAUGUGUGUGUGGAAUACCAAAAAGUGGGAAUGCCAGCAGACAUUCAGAGCUCACAAGGGUCAUGUUUUGUCUCUUUCAAUUCAUCCAUCUGGAAAGCUAGCAUUAUCGGUCGGCACAGAUAAAACCUUAAGGACCUGGAACCUUGUUGAGGGCCGUUCAGCCUUUAUUAAAAACAUAAAGCAAAGUAGCAAAAAUGCCUAA